CUCUGACUUUUUCUGACUCUAGGAGAAGGGAGCAUUGGCCUUUCCUUCAUUAGGCCGAAGAUGCCUCUCUUUGGGAAUACAUUCAGUCCGAAAAAGACGCCUCCUCGGAAGUCUGCUUCUCUCUCCAACCUGCAUUCCCUGGAUCGCUCAACCCGGGAGGUGGAGCUGGGCCUUGACUAUGGAACCCCCACUAUGAACCUGACAGGGCAAAGCCUGAAGUUUGAAAAUGGCCAGUGGAUAGCAGAGACAGGGAUUAGUGGAGGUGUGGACCGGAGGGAGGCGCAGCGCCUUCGCAGGCGGAACCAGCAGUUGGAAGAAGAGAACAAUCUCCUGCGGCUAAAAGUGGACAUCCUGCUAGACAUGCUUUCAGAGACCACUGCUGAAUCCCACCUAAUGGAGAAGGAACUGGAUGAACUGAAGAGUGUCAGCCGGAGGAGAAAAUGAAGACCUGAGACUGUCGUUAGGAGAGCAGGGAGAAAGCCACUGAUCGGGGAGGGGUAGCAUGUGGCUGAGCAGAUUUUUUUUUUUUUUUUUAGCCAAACUAGUAUAUUGGGACCUGUGAGAGAGAUCAUACAGUGGAGCCAGCAGGCACUGGCACCUUGGGCUGGCAGUAGGAAGGUGACAUGCGAUGGAGGAGACUAUGAGAUUCCAGUCCAGAGCGAUGACUAGCAAUGGGCUCCAGAUGCACGGCCUCGGGACGCCAGGCCACAAACCAGGCCUCAGGGAGGCCUGUGGGCAAUGGUAAGCCUUUUGGUGCUCUCUACACACAUAGGCAGACAAGUGCACGUGGCCCAGAAUCACCCUCUUGGACAGGCAUUGUUGGGAGCAGCAGCUGGAGUUCAUCAUCUCAUCGCCUUACGCUGGUGUCUGGGGUGCAGCACCAGCUCUAAAGAGCCCCGCAUCAGGGGGUCUCAGAACCAAGAGUGUCUCUCUGCCUGCCUUCGAAGAAUGCUUGCCCCGCUCAUCCACCACUUCCUUUGGCUUCAGCUUCCCAGCAGCAAGCACCAGCCUUCCACGGCAACACUCUA